AGGGGAUUUUAUUUAUUUUAAAGAUUUACAUUUUUUGUCUUGCGAGUAUUGCAUAUAAAAACAAACAAAGUCAAAUUGAGAUUUGUCUUAAUGCCUGUAACUGCAGAAGCAAGCCGACGUUAUAAAUUAACAUUCAUUACCAGAAAAAUAGAAAAUAAUGAAACUAAUUUUGGCAAAAAUCUGGAGAUUCAACUAAAUCUGGUAGUUUUGGUGACUUAAAUCCUCAAAUUAACUUGUCGUGUUUUCCCCUAAAAUUGCAGAAGAAUUAAACAAUUAAGUUGCACAAAAAUUUAAAUAUCCAAGUACAUGUAUUUAAAAAAAAAUUAUGAAACACGUAUAAAACCAAAUCAUUUCCACAGAAACGAUAUUAUUUCCCAGUUGAAAUGUAAUAAUACGCGGAAUUACAACAGAGAUCGCUGCAGAUAAACCAGGCAGGAUGAACCCAACGUUUUGUUAAACUAUUGUUUUGGGUUAAAAUUGUAAAUGCAGGUUCCUGUCAGUGGGUCCUCUCCUGUUCAAACUGCCCGGCUCUACAUAUACAGACAGUCGGUUCUCCCCGGUGGAGCUGGCUGACAGACAGGGGGAGAGAGAGAGAUCCUCCGCCGGAGCAGGAAGCUGCUGGGACCGACCCGAUAUCAGAGGAGGUGCGGAACAGCGUCGACAUCAGCCAGACAGCGGGGGAUCGUCCAUGAUGUAGACCCAGCCGAGAGCCACAUCCACCCCACAACACGAGCAGGUGUCGAGGCUGCGGGGCCGCGAACUCGAGCCUCCCGUUUCGUCCCAUUCCUCCGGUGUGUGCGUGUGUCUGCGUUUAUUCUUUCUUUCUUCCUGCGUGGAGGAGAUGAAGGAGCUGCGGGGCUGCGGCAUGCGCUCCUCGGUGGGCUUUCUGUCCCGCAGAGAGCUGACCGGCCAGCCGCUCCUGAAGGAGGAGUUCCAGCGGCGCAGGCUGUCCGGCUGCACCAGCCUCUUCAAGAAGGACAUGCUCGGACACUUCGGCUGCGUCAACGCCAUUGAGUUCUCCAACAACGGCGGGGAAUGGCUGGUGUCCGGAGGAGACGACCGCCGGGUUCUCCUGUGGCACAUGGAGCAAGCCCUUCAUGCUCGGGCCAAGCCUGUGAAACUGAAGGGGGAGCAUCUGUCCAACAUCUUCUGCCUGGCCUUCGACAGCAGCAACCAUAAGGUCUUCUCUGGGGGAAAUGAUGAACAGGUGAUUCUCCAUGAUGUGGAGAGACGGGAAACUCUGAACGUGUUCCUGCACAUCGAUGCCGUGUACAGUUUGUCCGUCAGCCCGGUGAACGACAACGUGUUCGCCAGCUCAUCUGACGACGGACGGGUUCUUAUCUGGGACACUCGCGAGCCGCCACAUGGAGAGCCGUUCUGCCUGGCCAGCUACCCCUCAGCCUUCCACAGUGUGAUGUUCAACCCUGUGGAGCCGAGGCUGCUCGCCACUGCCAACUCCAAGGAGGGAGUUGGAUUAUGGGACAUCCGCAAACCGCGCAGCUCGCUUCUGCGUUAUGGAGGCAACAUGUCCCUGCAGAGCGCCAUGAGCGUUCGCUUCAACAGCACCGGCACCCAGCUGCUGGCGCUGCGUCGCCGCCUGCCGCCAGUCCUCUACGAGUUGCACUCCCGCCUGCCGAGUUUCCAGUUCGACAACCAGGGCUACUUCAAUUCCUGCACCAUGAAAAGCUGCUGCUUUGCCGGCGACAAAGAUCAGUACAUCUUGUCUGGUUCCGAUGACUUCAACCUCUACAUGUGGAGAAUCCCAAAGGAUCCAGAAGCAGGAGGCCCUGGUCGUGUGGUGAACGGGGCUUUCAUGAUUCUGAAAGGUCACCGCUCCAUCGUGAACCAGGUUCGCUUCAACCCUCACACCUACAUGAUCUGCUCGUCCGGUGUGGAGAAAGUCAUCAAGGUGUGGAGUCCCUACCAGCAGCCUGAGAGUCUUGGUGACCUGGAAGGUCGGGUGGAGGACAAAUCUCGCAGCCUCUAUACCCAUGAGGAGUACAUCAGCCUGGUGCUCAACAGUGGCAGCGGUCUGUCCCAUGACUACGUCAGCCAGUCCAUCCAGGAAGACCCGCGCAUGAUGGCGUUCUUUGACUCGUUGGUGCGUCGAGAAAUCGAAGGCUGGAGCUCAGACUCUGACAGCGACUUAAGUGAGGAGGCCAUCAUGCAGCUCCACGCCCGUGGACGUCGCACUACAAGGGCCACACCAACACCUCCUAUCGCUGCCCCGGCUGCUGGUCACCAAAGUGACUCAGAUAACUCGUCGUCCUCCUCUUUGGCUGGACCUGAAGCCUCAGGAGGGGAAGAGCCCGUCCCGGCAGAGGAAGAGGAGCAGCCGAGGAGACGCACCAGGCAUCAGCAGCAACAGUCUGGCUUUCUGGUGAAUGAAGACUCAGACUCAAGUGAGUUUUGGCUGGACCCCAUGCCCCGGCCUCGCUCCCCCAGCCCCCGGGACAACUCCACGCUGUCCAGCCCCGCCUCCUCCCCUUCACUUCCAGCCGGAGCCUCCAGCUCCUCCACGUCCACUUCCAGCUCCAGCAGUGAUGACGAGGAGCGGCGCAGCGCGGUGAGGCGGCGCAAUGUCAUGAGACGACGGCGCAUGAAUGUGGUCUCCAGAGCGGAGGAUCGACCCGAGUCUGUACAGGCUUUGUUUUCAGCCAUUGACUCCUGCAGUUACCCUUCAAUCUCCAUCGAAGACCUGUCUUCUUCCUCGUCGGAGGUACAGAACUCUCUCCAAAUCAAGCCCCAAAGUGGUGGCAACAGAGAGGAGGAAAAAUGUCUGAGCCCCUCUGACUUUGUGUGCUCAAGCCCAGUAAUGUCCCCCGACAGUCAAGAGAAUGAGGACUGGGGUGAGAGGACUGAGCUGGACAGACGUCCAGCUGAAUCUCCUCAGUCAUUGGACGGACUCAGGACUGAAGCGAGGGCUGCGACAGAGCCUGUUUUGGACAGCUCUGACAGUGGAGAGGCAGGUAGCAGCUCAGCAGCUGUAGACAGAAACUCCCAGAGCCGACGGAGCCCUGGAGUGAACGGGCAGCACCGGACUGUGGCAUCGUACGCGAGUGAGAACCUGCGUGUCUCCUCAGAAUCAGAGGAAGAGACUGACGUCACACCCGAAGACACCAGGCCACAGAGAGGAAAAGGCCCGGCUCUGAAACGGACUCACAAGGGCUCAGGAGACGGAGAAUCAGGCUCCUCACCCUCAGAAAAGAAAUUAAAAACAAUAUGAAUUAUUUUCUUUUCAUCCCAGAAAGAAAUCAUUACAUAAUUUGAAGUGGGUUUUCUAUGGGUUUUUACAACUCAGCGAUUUCAUUUUGUGUCUUGUUGUCAUGUGACACGUUUGAGCAGAAAAACGUGAGGCAACUAAAAAAAAAAAAAAAAAGACAAUGUGGUUAAUUUUUGUUUCAGAACAAAAUAAUUUGAGUGUCAUUGUUCUUAAGGUCAAAUCACAGAUGAAAUUAAAAGAUGGGAGAUAUAAAACAAAAGGUAAAUAUUGUUGAUGGUAUUUUAAGUGAACUGCAAUGGUUAAUCUUUUGUUUUCAUGUUAGUGUUUUUUUCUCAGUCACAUUCUGGUUGUUGCAGAAAGCUCCUCCCAAGAUUUGGAGCAUUUCCAAUCAUUACAAAAAUCUCUUAUCGAGCAAAAAUGCUUUGCAGCGUUUUAAUUUCUACGGUUUCACACUGAGCGUAAAUCUGAUUUAGCUUAUUGUCAUUUUUAAGAGGUUCUCGGCUGUGACUGCUUCAGGGUGCCUGAAGAAUUGACUGAGUCGCCAUAGAAAUCCUAAGGAGCAGCAUUUGUUUAAGCUGUGCAUUGAAACGAUGCUUUCAUUGUCUUUCAUACCAAUUUUCUUUUUGUCUCAUUAUCCAGCCCCUGGGCACCAUUACAAGCCAGCUCGCUUUUGUUUUCUUGCAAUUAAAGAAUAAUUUGUUCUCCAGUGA